AUGUGGCGGAUGCGGAUACGGCUACUCUCUGGCUACCUGGUCCUGCUGGCCCUCGGCCAUCUGCCGGAGCACGGUGUUCUGGGCCAGAAGUACUACAUGAAUUUUGCCUUCAACAACAAUAACCCGGACGCAGAAGGUGGCGGAGGCGAUGGUGGUGCCAUACCUCCUGGUGGUGGCGGUGGCGUAGGUCAAGGAUCCCAUGAGGGUGAUGCCCAUCAAUCGGCUGGCCAUGACGAAAGCGCUGGGAAGGAGGGUGCACAUGAUGAUGAACACCAUAGCGAGGGUGUUACGGAUGAUGGGGAAGCUAAGGGCGAUGAGGAACAUAAAGAGGACGAGGGUUCCCAUCAUACGGAAGAGAAUAAGAGCGAGGUCCACGAUGAAGACAAAGGUCAUGAUGAUGAUAAUGAUGAUAGCGACAGCAAGGACGCUAAGGAUCGGCGCGAAAAGGUGGAACAAAGUGAAAAGAUGCAACGCAAAGAUCACAGCCAUCACAGUAGCUAUGAGAUCAGUAUCGACGACAGCUUCGGCGGACGGUACGUGCGAUCGAUAUACGAGAGCAGCGAAAGCCACGGCCAUUCCGGCAGCAAUGCGGGAUCCAACCAGCGGGAUAAUGGAGCUCGUGAAAGCAGCCAAGAAGGUCAAGAGGCCCAGGAGGGUGGCCGAGUACCAGUAGGGGCUUUACCAAUGGCUCGCAAUGUGCCCGAUGCGGCGAACCAUGGAUCUAUGGAAGCCAAGGAGGAUGACUACGAGGAGAUCUAAAAUAAGGUUUGCUUGAAGGACUUUGGAAAGACGCAGCCACAUCAAUUGAUUUUAUCAUUAAAAUGACAAUAAAAUUUAAAUACCAAGAAA